GGUUGCUAGCCACUGCCCACUGCUCACUGGCCAGGCAAUAGGGCAUUGCACUAUAGAUCAAGCGGCUCUAGCUAGCUACUCCAACAUUCUAGGUCAAAUCAUUAGCAAAACAGCCAAUAGGCUCAACAUGCACCCAACUGGAAAAGCAUGGCACUCUACUCUCUCCAAAAGACCUAUAAAUACAGACCCGAAACCAGCCUUCCAAUUCCACAAGACUUGCACAACUUUCACCAAAAAAAUCAUUUUCAAAUCAUUCCUUUCUCACUCAAGCUGA